ACUUGUGUGUUUAUUUAAAUGUCUAUUGACGACUGCGCAAUAGUAAAUGCGCUAUAAAUCGACUCAAAAAAACAGCUGUUUUGAUGGUGUGUAAUUUCAAGAUGGCCAAGUGAAGGAAAUUGACUGUUUUUAUUAGCAUUAUAAGCUCAUUAUAUUUUAAUAAAAUAUAAUAAUAAUAAUUACUUGUUGUCAUUUGUUACUAUAAAAGGUGGUAUUUGGGUGUUUUAAUUUGUUAAUAAAAGAAUAAUGAAAACUUAAAGACAAAUUAAAAAUUAAAAUAAUCAAGUUGUCAACCUUGAAUAACACUUGUUACUUGACACAAAGAUAAAAUUUGUUAAAUAAAAAUGACAGCUGGACCAAGUUUAGUGGUGCCAAUAGUGCUUUGGGGAAAAAUAGCACCAACUCAUUGUAUAUCAUGUAUUUAUUUAUCAAGAGAUCAAAAAACUCUUGUUACUGGUUGUUAUGAUGGACAAAUAUGUCUUUGGCAAGUUGAUCCUGAUACACUAAAGAUGACACCAAGAUGUUUACUUGUUGGACAUACAGCACCAAUAAUGUGUCUAAGUAAAGCAAGUGUUGUUAUGGAACAAAAUUAUAUUGUAAGCAGUAGUGAGAGUGGUGAAAUGUGUACAUGGGAUGUUGUUGAUGGUAAAUGUCGUGAAGCUGUUAAGCUAAACAAUAUUCAUACACAAAUGUUACCAUAUGUUUCUGCUGGUGGUGAAGAUGUCAGGUUGUUUUGUUCUGGAUAUUAUCCAGAAGUUCUUGUCAUGGAUCCAUUCAGUUUAGAAGUCAUAUUUACACUCAGCUCACGUGUCAAUCCUGACUGGAUUAGUGCCUUGCACGUGCUACGGCCGGCCAAACGGAAAGGUCGGUUCUACGUGCACACAAAUGAUGUUGUACUUGCAUUGACGACAACUGGUACUGUAAAAGUUUGGACAUUAUUGGGUCAUGAAAAUCGUAACAGCGAGCCACUUUAUGAACAUGAGAGUAAACAAAUAAGAUGUUUAAAUGCACUUGCAAUGACAUGUUGUCCAUAUAAUCAAAGAACAGUUUUAAUUGUUUGUUCAAAAUAUUGGCAGAUUUUUGAUGCUGGUGAUUUUUCUGUUCUUUGCUCGGUAACAUCACCACCUGGUGAACGUUGGAUGGCUGGUGAUUUUUUAGCUGCUGAUAGAGUUAUUGUUUGGAGUGAUGAAGGCCAUGGUUAUCUAUACAAAUUACCAGCAAAGGUUCUGGUACAGCUCGAAAGCAAGCUGAAGGGCAAGGCUCUCAGCAGUAGUGUGGCUGAUAAUUCAAGCUUCCAUACAUCAUCAGCAGAAGAUGAUCAACCAUAUUUAUAUCUCAUAUUAACUCAACCAGAUGAUAAGCCAUUAUCAUGCCCACCGGCAAUGCGUCUAGUCACUGUACAACGUCAAACAAAAACAUUAAAAUAUUUACUACGUGGUGAUAGUGAAGGAGUUGUUAUACUUUGGUCAGUACCAGAAAUAACAAAUCAACAAUUACAAGAUAUAACAGAUAAUAAAACACCAAAACUUGAGCCAAUAAUAAAAACAAGUCUUGAAAUAGCAUGGGAAGCAAUGAAACCAUCACCAGUUGGUAUACUUGAUCAACUUGAUACAAUAAAUGAUCAUAGUAUUAAAUUAACAGCAUGUAUUUAUUUACCACAACAAAGUCGUCUUGUUGUUGGACGUGAAGAUGGUAGUAUUAUUAUUGUACCAGCAACACAAACAGUUAUGUUACAAUUAUUACAUGGUAAUCAUCAGCAUUAUGAUGAUUGGCCACCACAUCAAAUAUUACUUGGACAUUCUGGACGUGUUAAUUGUUUAUUAUAUCCUCAUAGUGUUGCAACAAGAUAUGAUAGAACACAUCUUGUAUCUGGUUCAGUUGAUUUUGCUGUUUGUUUAUGGGAUUUAUAUGCUGGUACAUUGAUACAUCGUUUUUGUGUACAUGCUGGUGAAAUAACACAAUUAAUGGUACCACCAGAUAAUUGUAGUCCAAGAAUACAAAAAUGUAUAUGUAGUGUUGCAUCUGAUCACAGUGUAACAUUAUUAUCAUUAGCUGAAAGAAAAUGUGUUGUAUUAGCAUCACGACAUUUAUUUCCAGUUGUAACAAUUAAAUGGAGACCACUUGAUGAUUUUAUGAUUAUUGGUUGUUCUGAUGGUGCUGUUUAUGUAUGGCAAAUGGAAACUGGUCAUCUUGAUCGUGUAUUACAUGGUAUUAUUGCUGAAGAAGUACUAUAUGCUUGUGAUGAAAAUACUAUUGCAAUUGCUGGUGGUAGUGCAACUGGUGGUGAAUUAGGACUUGCUAAUCCUGCUGUACAUUUCUUCAGGGGUUUGAGACAUAGAAAUUUAUCAGCAAUUCGUCAUGCAACUCAACGUGGUUUACAUCAACUUCAACAACUUCAUGGUGGUCAUGGUAAUGAUCAUGGUAAUCAAAUUAAAUCAAAAGGUGCACCACUUAUGAUUCAAGGUUUUAGAAGUAAUCCAAAAGAUCCAGAGAGUCAUAUAUUAUUUUUUGACAUUGAAGCACUUAUUGUUCAAGCAUUGAGUGAUGAAUAUGGUGCGAUGUCACCAGGAUCUCUAGAAGCUCAGGGUUUAAUAUCAGCAUCUGAAUAUCAAAAAGUUGCAGCAUUAACGCAAUCGGCCAGUCCCGAUGCACAUAAAAAAAUUGCAGACUUUUUUGGUCGUGUUAAGGACAAAGCAGGUGAUGUUGAACGUAUUCUCAAAGAAAAAGAUCGACACGGUAUUAUAGCUAAGAUGAAGGAAGGAGCUGAAAAUGUUCAUACAAAACUUCAGGCAAAAGCUGAAAGUGUUGGUCUCAAGCCAUCGACAUUUGAUGGUAAAGGUGAAGGAGGACAAAGUGAAACAACACGAAAUAAUUUAAAACGUAAUGGUGCUUUUAGUGAGCCAAAUGUUACAAUGGAAAUAGCACAAUUAUUAUUGAGUCUUCUUCAUGCUUGGGGUAUGGAUCCAGAUCUUGAUCGUGUAUGUGAAGGAAAAUUAGGUUUACUUAGACCAAUGGUACCAGUAUCAUUUGGUGUAUUAUCAAAAGGAGGUUACAUGUCACUGUUACUUCCAACAUGGCAAACACAAUUAGAACCAGCUGGUGAACCAGCAACUCAACUUGAACAACGUUUACCAGCUGAAUUAGUUCGUCAAGAUCGUUUAACAAAAGCAUUUACAUCACGUGCACAUUGGGAGCUAUCAACAACUUUAACAAGUAAUCAUCUUUUAGCUGUUGUUGCAUUAUCAAAUACAUUAAUGUCAAUGAAUAAUGCAACAUUUGUACUUGAACAAGAAAGAAAUAGAAAAUUAAAUAGAACAUCAAAUCGUGUUAGUGUUAAUUGGAAUAAAGCUGAAGAAGAAAGUGAAGAACAUUUUACAGCUCAUCAAGCACAAAUAAAACAAGGUUGGUCAUUAUUAGCAACAUUACAUUGUGUAUUAUUACCAGAUAAAGUUGCUGCACAAGGUGGUGCUAAAACAUUUAAACGUCCACAAGUUGAAAUGAUGGCACGUAGAUGGCAACAUCAAUGUCUUGAAGUACGUGAAGCAGCACAAGCAUUAUUAUUAGCUGAACUUGGUAGAAUGGGUCCAAAAGGACGUAAAUCACUUGUUGAUAAUUGGUCACAAUAUUUACCAAUGUAUAGUACACAAGAACCAAUUGCAUUACAACCACAAAAUAAUAGUCCACCACCAGGUAGUCCAGUACCACCAAUUGAUAUUAAUCCAGAUGAUGAUGAUGAAGAAGAAGAACUUGCUGAAGAAAUAAGUAUUACAAGAAAACCAUCAAGUGUUGCUGAAUUAAAAAGAAAACAAACAACAGCUGUUGUAUUACUUGGUGUUAUUGGUGCUGAAUUUGGACAAGAUGUUGCAACAGUAUAUCAAAAAAAAGAUGGUGAUACAACAAUUAGACGUAAAAGUUCAGUUGUUGAAGGUUUUGGAAUUGGUAAUAAUAAUUUAGCAAGACAUACAAGUAUGGCAUUAACACAUCUUCUUCAUGCACCUGGUUCAUCAAAAUUACCACUUCAUACAUCAUUAAGAAGAGCUGCUAUUGAUUUAAUUGGUAGGGGUUUUACUGUUUGGGAGCCAUAUCUUGAUGUAUCUAAAAUAUUAUUAGGUUUAUUAGAAUUAUGUUGUGAUGCUGAUAAACUUGUACCAAGUAUGACAUAUGGUUUACCAUUAACACCAGCUGCUGAUACAUGUAGAACAUCAAGACAUGCAUUAGCACUUAUUGCAACAGCAAGACCAGCUGCAUUUAUUACAACAAUGGCUAGAGAAGUUGCUAGAUUUAAUACAUUACAACAAAAUGCACAAACAUUAAAUGUUAAUUUAAGUACAAGUGUUCUUUCACGUGCUAAACCAGAAAUAUUAAGAAUUGUUGAACAACUUAUUGAUAAAAUGCAAAGUGAAAUGAGUGAUUUACUUGUUGAAGUAAUGGAUAUUAUACUUCAUUGUCUUGAUCCAGGACAUUUAAAAACAAAAUCAUUGAGUGAAGUAUUUCCAGCAGUAUGUCGUUUUAAUCAGGUAAGUCAUUGUUCAGCAACAAGACGAAUAGCAGUUGGUGGUCGUAGUGGACAACUUGCAUUGUAUGAAUUACGUGGUAAUGUUAAAUGUCAAACAGUAUCAGCUCAUCAAGCACCAGUUACAGCUCUUGGUUUUUCACCAGAGGGUAAAUUUCUCGUCAGUUAUUCAUGUACUGAAAAUAAAUUAUGUUUUUGGCAGCAAACAAAUAGUGGAAUGUUUGGCUUGGGUAAUUCCCAAACACGUUGUGUUAAAUCUUAUAGUACAGCACCAAUAAAUGAUGUUGCACGAUUAAAUCCAAUGCGGCUGGCCCGUUUAAUAUGGAUUAAUAAUCGAACUGUUACACUCAUGUUGGCUGAUGGCUCAGAAACAAGAUUCAAUGUUUAAAUAUUUAUUUAUUAAACAAAUAUUAAUAACCAAUAAAAAUUAAACAACAAUAAUUCUUUACUCGAUUCGGCUAAAAACAAUUUUUCAAAAUAUGAAAAACAAAAUUCAUUCAACAAAAAACAAUUAUAAACAAGUUUUUUUGCAGGAUAAAAAAAAAAAAAACUUUUCAAACGGGUUUAUUCAAAUGAAAGUAAUAAAAAAAAAAAAAAAAUACCAAAUCAUUGAUUAUUUUGUAUAUACAAUUGUUACGGAGCAAUUAGGCUUCGCUGGAAUCGAGCACAUCACAUUUAUUUCAAUUCAAUUUGAAUUAUUAGUAAAUUUACAAUUAUAAUAUUUAUCUCUCCUUUUUUUUUUUUUUGCUUCUAAUGUCACUUGACAACUGAUAUUUCUUUUUCUAUUUUUUACAUUUUUUUUUUUUUUAGUCAUUCAAUUAAUUAUUGUUAUUUAUUUAAAAAAAAACAAAUAUAAUAAUCAUUUUAGUCGGGAAUUUUAAUACUAAUUUUUAGAUUAAAAAAAAAAAAUCAAGAGACAUUUCAUCAUUCGAAUUAAUUUUCAACAAUGUAAUUUGCUGAUUGAAUAAUUAAUUAACUUUCUCAAUAUUGUCAGUGUGAGUUUGUUAAAGAUGUUAUUAAAAUGCAAGUAUUAUUUAAUAUCCACUGGCAUUAUUAUAGAUAUUAAUGAAAUAAUAAUAUAAUUAAAUUAUUGUUACUGUAUUGUCAAAAGUAUAUGUAGCCAACUUCUUCGUCGCGCCUAAAAUUAUAUUAUUAUUAUUUUUUUUUUGUUACAAUUAGCAGCUUGUCGAUUUUGCUAUUUAUAUUUAAUAUUAUUUAAUACAAUAAUCAUUAAUAUUUUCUUUUUGAAAAAACAAAAUAGUCAGCAAUUUUAUAUAAUUUAUUUUACUCUUUAUUCUUCUGAAAGAAUAAAUAAAAAAAGCUCAUAUAUUUAAUUAAAUUAUUAUUUUUAAAAAACAAUAUUAAUUGAUGAUUAAUUAUUUACAAUUUUUCAAAAUUAUUUGAGCUUUCUUUACAAGCAUUUUAUUACAAAGCUUUGGAGGUGUUUUUUUUUUUUUUAUAGUCAUUUAGUAUAAUAUUAUCGACGAGCUUGUUUGUUGUUAUUCAAAUAAGUCACGCUUUAAAGUAAAACAAUAUAAUUUUAUAAAUAAAAAUAAAUUGUUAUUAACAUUCAACAUUUUCAUGUGUUGUUUGUGUUUAUUAUUGAGGCUAUUUGAAAAAUAAAAAAUAUAAUUAGCCAAUUUGAUAUACAAAUG